AUGAGCUCCAACGCACUCUACGACUACUCCGUCAACAUCUUCAUCAGCAGCAUCCAAAAUCUCCUAGUCUGUAUGACCAAGGCCGAAAAAUAUGCUGAAGAACAAGGUGACAAUGUCGACGACUACGUACAGCUACAGAUUCAUCCAGAUAUGAAGAACUUCGCCUAUCAAAUCCAACGCAUCUCAGACAGUUCCAAAGGCGUCCUCGCCCGCAUCGCUGGCCACGACGCCGAAGCAAUGGCAAUGCCCGAUACCGAAACCACCUGGGCAGACCUCAAAACCCGCCUCAACCGCACCCUCACCAUCCUCGAAAAGUCCACGCCCCAAGACUUCGAAGGCAAAGAAGGCGUAGAAGUGUCGCUGCUGAAUGGGAGGUUCAACUUCAAGGCCGCAGAGUAUUUGCAGAGGUUUGCCAUUCCAAAUGUUUAUUUUCAUGUGGUUACUGCGUAUGAUUUGCUGAGGAUGAAGGGGGUGCCUGUCGGGAAGAUGGAUUAUUUGGCUGGUGGCAGUUCAGGAGGGAAUUAG